AUGGAAGAAGAUCCACCCCCAAGGUACUCCAUACUGGAGGCCGCUGAGUGGCCCCAAGAUGGUGAGCCUCAAGAUGCAGCAAAGUUGAACGACGAUGGUCGCGUCGAGGUCGACCUUGACUCCAAGCUCGGCAGAACUCUCACAAAGCUGAUUCCGGUCCCGUAUGAGGAGAAGCAAGUGCCAUUGACCCCAAAUGAUACUGUCUGUGAUGUUCAAUUGAAUAUUGUCAUUCAAGUCGUCGGCAGUCGGGGCGAUGUACAGCCCUUUAUUGCACUUGGAAAUGAGCUUCAGCUCUACGGCCAUCGUGUAAGAUUGGCAACUCAUGGGGUUUUCGAGUCAUUUGUGCUUGAAUCAGGCUUAGACUACUAUCCGAUUGGCGGUGACCCCUCAGAGCUUAUGGCCUAUAUGGUCAAAAAUCCAGGUUUGAUACCGCAAAUGAAAAGUUUGCGCAGUGGAGAGAUUCAACGCAAGCGGGCUAUGGUGGCCGAGAUGCUAAAAGGCUGUUGGGACUCGUGCAUCAAUGAUGACCCAAUCAGCAAAGCACCUUUCGUGGCCGAUGCUAUAAUAGCCAACCCUCCCAGCUUUGCCCAUAUUCACUGUGCGCAAGCCCUGUCUAUCCCCUUACACCUUGUGUUCACUAUGCCGUGGAGCAGUACAAGAGCCUUCCCGCAUCCGUUGGCUAAUCUCAAAUACACAACUACCGAGCAAAAUAUGGCGAAUUAUCUUUCCUAUGGUAUAGUUGAAUGGAUGACAUGGCAAGGCCUUGGUGACAUUAUUAAUAAGUGGAGGGCUUCGCUUGAUUUGGAGUCCGUACCGGGAACUGGAGGGCCAUGUCUAGCUGAGACUCUGAAGGUGCCUUUCACCUACUGUUGGUCUCCGAGCCUCAUGCCGAAACCAUCAGACUGGCCAUCGAACAUAGAUGUCUGUGGCUUCUUCUUUCGCUCUCUUCCAGAAUAUACACCAGCUCCUAACCUCGAUACAUUUCUUCAAAAUGGCAGCCCGCCGGUGUACAUUGGCUUUGGCAGCAUUGUGAUCGACGACCCGAUUUCUAUGACGAAUAUGGUACUUCAGGCUGUUAAGUCACUCGGUGUUCGCGCAAUUAUAUCCCGUGGUUGGAGUAAACUUGGAGAGGCUUCAUCAUCCGACGAACAGAUUUUCUAUCUUGAGGAUUGCCCGCACGAAUGGUUAUUUCAACAUGUCGCAGCUGUUGUCCACCAUGGAGGCGCAGGGACCACAGCAUGCGGCCUACGUUUUGGAAAAACCACGACUAUCAUUCCUUUUUUCGGGGAUCAACUGUUCUGGGGUAACAUGGUUGCGUCCUGUGGGCUUGGGCCAAGACCGAUUCCAUAUCGAUCUCUAAGCGCACACAACUUGGCAGAAGCUAUUCGCUUCUGUCUUCAGCCUGAAGCGCAGUCUGCGGCUCGAGAUGUCGCAAGACGAAUGAGUCACGAAAAUGGAGUUACCACCGCAGUUGCUUCUUUUCAUCGUAAUUUACCGUUGAAUGACAUGCGGUGCCACAUUCUUCAUUCAGAACCCGCCGUGUGGCGAUUCAAAAAAUCUUCUAAGCCCCCAAUCCAUUUGUCCAAAAUCGCCGCGGGUGUUUUAGUCGAACAUCAUCGCUUAAAAUUGAGUGAUCUUCAACCUUACCAUGCCCACCCAAUUUUCAUUCAGAAUCGGCGAUGGGAUCCAGUCACAGGCACCACAUCAUCGCUGAUCGGCACCAGCACCAACAUACUGAAAGCUACGGGCGAUAUUGUAUAUCGACCAUACCAGGAAUUCCGUCGUGUCCCUAUAAGCCAGUCAGAACUUAAGGUGGCCGAGUCAUCUGGAGCUCUAUCCCUCAGCAAUUCUUCGACAGCCGGCACAUAUUCUCUAACUUCUUCCAGAGCAGAGAAGUCUUCGAAGCUGAGAUCUACCGGCGUGGCAAUGAAGGGCUCAGCAAAAAGCCUGGGGAAGGUAGUUGGCUUCUGGUAUAAAGGCAUGUUGAUAGAUAUGCCUUUAGCCAUGAGUGAGGGCCUCAGAGCAGUCCCCCGGUUAUAUGGCGAUGAGGUUAAAGAUCACGGCACUAUUCAGGAUUGGAAAUCUGGAGCAGCCUUUGCAGGGAAGAACUUUGUUCAUGGGAUGGCAAACGGUUUCAGCGACAUCUUCACCCAGCCCUACAAAGGCGGCCAGGAAGAGGGAGCCAAGGGUGUUAUGAAGGGAAUUGCAAAAGGUACCCUUGGUGUCACUACCAAAGUAUCAUCAGCCGCAUUGGGAUUGGUGGCCUAUCCUGCCCAUGGGAUGAUGAAGAGCCUGUAUACCGCUACGCACUCCCAAACAAAGAAACGUAUCCUUCAAGCGCGGAUUCAAGAAGGAAAGUAUUUGUCAGAAUACUCACCAAAAGCGCGUAGCGAUCGCCAGUCCAUCCUUCGCAAUUUUGAGGCUGCCCACCGCAAGCUUGUCUCCUCCGCCAGCUCAUCAUCAAGCUGA